GAACUCUAGCCUAUGUAGAACUCUAUGCAUCUUUGACAAAACCAUGUGAUUCUUGGAAAUUACCUAUUCGAAUAAUUAUGGUAAAAAUAAUAUUUUUAUACCAUGCAUCAAUUUCAUAAGUUUCUACAGUGAAUACACAAAUAUCUGUAUCCAUACGUGUUGAUUUGUUGUGGCAAUAUAAUGAAAAAUGAAUAGGAGUGGAACUUCAGACGUCAUGCAAACAACCAUGUCCAACAAAUCUAUCCAUGCUAAGCCUACAAUUGUUUUUUCUUUUUCAUGUCUGAGAAGUUUAUUCAGACUCAGCCUAACUAAAAGCUCACCUCGAUAAUGAUUGUUCAAAGCUAUUUUUACAUGCAUGUAUGUAUUUAAUUUAAAGUCAAUAUGGAAUAACAUUAAUGAACUUUACUUAAACGUACUAUGUUUAUAUCAAUUUUUUUAAAAUUCCUUACAUAUAGCAAAAAAAAAAGAAAUUGUCAACAUCAUUGAAUACCUAGGUACGUAGAAUACUCUAAAUUGAUGUUUUUAUUUGAACCUAGCACUUCCACAUGUAAGCCAUAAGGCAAAGGCUAUAACAAAAACAGUUUAAUCAGAGUAGGUUUAACGGAUCGAGUAAUAAAUCAUUUACAUGAUUAAACAAAUAUGCAUACCGCAUGAACCUGGUUAAUAUUAAAUCUAUAUAGUCUAAUCAAGAACAUUGCUGCUAAAACCAAAAGAGAAAAAGGAAAAAAAGAACAAUGACUACGUUUCUGUUGAUGAAUGGCUAAGAAAAUAUUCUAUCAUGGAGCAUAGAAAGAAAAAAGAAAAAAAAAUCAUGGAGCAUAGAACUUUCCAUUUUUGGAAAUAUUCGAGGGCGAAUACUCUUUUUUAUUUCAAGCCAAAAACUAAAACAUGCAAACUGCAAAGUAUAACAUGUUGAGCCGAGUCAUAUGGUUUUGUGGGUCCUCUAACCUUUGGAUCCUUCUUAAAUUGCACACUUCUCUCUUGUUUUUGUGAGAAGAAAGCAACCACUUAAGCAUACGCUCUAAACGGUUCUAAGAUUUUAUAACCAAAACACAAAGUUCUCAGUGAUGGUGAAUCGUGGCUGUUCAACCACGAUUUUGUCUGGUUCUCUUAUAAUUCUUCUGGUGGUACAACUACACUUUGAGACUACAACGGCAGCUCGACAUGCCCCUGUUGUUUCCUGGUCACCACCUGAGCCGCCUAAAGAUGAUUUUGUGUGGUACCACAAGAUCAACCGCUUCAAGAACAUAGAACAAGAUGCGUUCAGACCAACUCACCAAGGUCCUAGUCAAGGUAUCGGACAUAAGAGCCCUCCUGGUGCUUCUUAAAAUACCCAUUUGGUUUUGGAGAAACUUACCACUUUGUCGCUCAGAGUUCGCGUUUGUUUUUGAUAUUUUGUGUGCUGUUGUUACGUAAAAGGAUAGAAGAAGUUGCAUACCACUUUCUUGUGGAGAGGACAUGAACGUGAAUCAAACAAGAAAAUGAUUUCAGAAUUUCUUUUUGCAAAGUGAUAUAUACUUCAUCCUUUAGGAAAGGCUGUGAAGGCAUCUAUUGCUUAUGGUGCUUAUUAUUUUGGUGUUUGUUGUUCUACGUUGAGACUUGAGAUGUCCAUUCUUUUUAGUAGAUAUAUGUAGUUUUCCUCGGUUUACAAUAAAGUUAAUAAUUGAUGGCAUUUUUUAGCUAUCAAACAGCUAAAUAUUUGUUUUAACUCUAUUUUAUAGGAAUUUUAAUUUGAUCGCUACAAAAUACGAUAAUGAAAAUAGGAAUUUUGCAUCCUAUAUAUGUACGUAGUAAUAUAAGGUUUGCUGGCUGGAUUCGAUAAUUUAUACGCAUCCUUAUGAUAUUCGAUUAAAUUUCAACUACUCAUUUGUAUUUGUCCCAAGUUAUU